CUAAAACAACUCUCGACAAGAGAGAAACUAUAUUUAUCGUAUUAAGUUAAUAUUUGUGCAUCGGAUUAAAAAUUGGAUGUACAACGAUCAGACGAUAAUUAUGUUAAAAAUAAAAUCUAAUUAAUUCGAAUUUAGUUUGUUAGUAAUGCCAGGUUUAGAAGGAAGUAUUUCGCUCGAUACGAGUCCACCCACGCACGGCCUAAUGUCCGAUGGAGUCGCUUCUGAACAAGUAAAAAAAUUUCUCUUCCGUUCGCGAAAAAUACACGAUAGCAUACAGAAAGACGAAAGUUUAGAAAUUUGUAUACCAGAGGUACUUCAAGCAAAUUAUAAUUAUUACACUUGGCCAUCUGCGCCAGUACUUGCUUGGUUUUUGUGGGAGCAUAGAGAAGAGCUCAUAGGGAAAAGAGUUUUAGAAUUAGGUUCGGGUACUGCUCUUCCUGGUAUUUUAGCCAGCAAAUGUGGAGCUAUUGUAACUUUGAGUGAUUCUGCCAAUUUACCAAGAAGUUUACAACAUAUUAAAAGGAGCUGCGAGUUAAAUGGAAUUUUAUCAAAAGUUAGAAUAGUUGGAAUAACUUGGGGUUUAUUUCUUUCUAAUUUAUUUACCAUUGGUCCGUUAGAUUUAAUUCUUGGAUCUGACUGUUUCUACGAACCAACAUUAUUUGAAGAUAUAAUUGUAACCGUAGCUUAUCUCUUGGAAAAGAAUCCACAUGCUAAAUUUUUAUGUACUUAUCAAGAGCGUAGUGCAGAUUGGUCUAUAGAACAUUUAUUAACUAAGUGGGGCCUUACUUGUAAUCAAAUAUCCCUUUCUACUCUUGCUUCGGAUUCUGGCAUUAACAUAGACGAUUUGAUGCAAAAUCAUACUAUUCACUUGCUGGAUAUACAAAAAGCGACUUGAGUUAUUUUUUAAUAUCAUGGGAAAUAUACGUAAAGUAUACAAAAUAUUUGUUCAUAAGUUGCCAUGGACCGUGGGUAAACAAGAACUUAAAU